AUGGCCAUCUCACGCAUCGUGUUAGCUCUCCUCUUCAUCCUUCUCUGGAGUUACCACUCGGGAUGCACACUCCAGGCUUCCCUCUCAAGAAAACAGAACGCUAACCUGGCGACACAGACCAACAGAUUGUUGAAAGGAAAACGCAAGGACCAUCACAUAAGCCAUGUCGAACUUUCUCCCAUCUCGGGUAGAGUGGGAAGAAAGAAAAUUGGAAUGACCAGCAAUUUACAACUACAAAGUGGGGAAAAUACAUCGAAUUCCCGUAUCGACGUGUCCUUUGGUACGACAGCGGAAGUCGAAGAUCCUAUUAUAGCGGAGCUAGAACGACUACAGGAACAGGAAAAGGAAAGGCAAAAUCACAAAUCAACCCCAACAGUGACAGAGGGAGCUAAAGCAGAAGAGAGGGGAGGGAUUACAGGCGACCUUGUGGAACGUAGACCGAUUACACCCUCCGGUGAUGCCUCUGAAUCAGUACAAGCAGUCGGAAAAGUUACUGAAGAACGUGGAGAGCAAGCAGAAAAGAAAGCGAAGGGAGAGGAAGAUGUGAUUCCUACCCCGAAAAAACCAGAGGAAUCUGAAGGACAGACCGCAGAGUCUGAAAAUACCCAAAUGAACUUUCUAAGCACUGACGGUCAUCAGGCGCAACCUGGUAAGACGAGUGAAGAUCAAGAGAAAAAAGAUAAAAACAGUGAAGUCGACAGUGGGACAGGUAACCAAAGUUCUCCAUCCGGCCAUACCUCUGAAUCAGUACAAACAGUCGGAACUGCUACUGCAGAAGAUGGACAGCAAGCAGAACGAAAGGCGAGCGAACAAAAAGAUGUGAUUCCUACCCUGACACAGCCACAGGAAUCUGAAGGACAACACGCGAAGUCUGAGGAUACACAGGUGAACUUGCUAAGCACUGAACCUACUCCGGCGCAACAUGGUAACACGACUGAAAAUCCAGAGGAAAAAAAUAGAAACAGUGAAGUCGACCAUGGGAGAGGUAAAGAGAGUUCCACAUCCAGUGAGAGCUCUAAAUCAAAAGAAACCACCACAGAAGAUGCUGAAAAAGAUCAAAAAAAAGUAGAACCAAAUGUUAAGCCAGCUGGAACUGUCAGUCCUACCGCGACAGAAGCAAAAGGAGAUAACCACGAACAAGCCCAGAUGCCUAGGGAAGAUCAAAUGCAAAUGAAAAGCAUUGAACAGAAUAACACCAAUAAUGGAAACAACAACAAGGAUCCAAAAGAAAGGAAAGAAGACAGUAAAGAGGAGGGUGACAGGGGAGAAAAGGGAUCCAGGGAAACAUUGGGGAAUAAAGGAGAAAACCCCCCCGAAGAAGCAGGAAACACAGGGGGAAACACAAAUUUGGAAAGCAGAAACACAGAUGUCGAAGUGUCGGAACACAGACACGACAAUGUCUUGCCGGAAGGAGAGAGGAAUUCGCCAGACAGGGGAACCCCAAGGGAAUGCUGCCCUUGUAACCGAAACCAGGAGAAUCGAAGGGAAGCCUGUGACGAGGACAGAAGACUUAACUCAGAGAAUCUGGACGACAGGGUCCCCCCCUACGGUGGCCCGAGGAACAACCGAGUAGAAAAUGGAAUAAGGGACACCAGGGACAUGGACGAUAUAAUGGGAAGAAACAGAAAGUCCUGUUCCGUGAACAACGGGGGGUGCGGACAAGACCAAAUAUGCAUACGGAUCGAUAACAUCGGGAUCAGGUGCGUCUGUAAGGAGGGGCAUUUAGUUAGGAACAGGUGCAUUUCGUCGAACUCGUCUUCCCUUCCUUCGUUUUUCUCUGCCGGUUUACUCGUCCUACUGGCCAUGCUCUGGAUGUGGUAA